AUGACAGCAGCAGUUGCUUUAGGCGUAGCAGAUGGCGUUGGCGGAUGGAGAAGACAUGGAAUUGACCCUUCAGAAUUCUCUAGCCGUUUAAUGAAAAUUUGUUUCGAAUUGGUCAAAUCAGGAAGAUUUGAACCCGAAAGGCCAGAUCGUCUACUAGCUUCUGCUUUUGAGAAUCUCUCAAAGCCUCCUCGCCCCGUGGGCUCUUCUACUGCAUGUGUUCUCGUGGUUCAUCAGGACAUGCUAUAUUCUGCUAACUUGGGGGACUCGGGUUUCUUAGUUAUUCGGGCUGGCGACGUUGUUUUUCGUAGUCGUGAACAGCAACACUACUUUAAUGCUCCUUUCCAAUUAUCUUUGCCCCCAGUUGAUACACUCUUCAGUAUUCUAAAGAUUAUUCAUAAUUGGCAGUUAAAAAUACCCUCUCUACCUGCAGGUUACACUGGGUUUCUUGGCGAUUCGCCGGAAAAGGCUGAACUAAACAGUCUAAACAUAAAAAGAGGUGAUAUCAUUGUUUUGGCGACUGACGGUCUAUGGGACAAUGUGCCAGAACAUAUUAUUGUCGAACAGCUGUCACACGUUGAAGCAAAAGAUAUCCAGGCAGCAUGCAAUGCACUUGCUUUGACGGCACGGCGCUUGGCAUUUGAUUCUCGCCACCUUUCGCCAUUUGCCAUUAAAGCUUCACAACAUGGGAUAGAUACGUCUGGAGGUAAACCUGAUGAUAUAACCCUUGUUUUGUUAAUGAUAACAUGA